CGCUUUGACAGCGCGUUUGAGGUCACUUCCGGAGCGUGCUUGUGCUAUAGUCAGCUAAGUAGCUGCUUGUGAUUUCUCAGCUCUUAGGCACGGGCAACCCACCCUCACAUAGGUUCCCUCCAUCAGCAGGAUGAGCGGCAAACGGAAAGAAGAGCAGCCCGUGUCCAACGGGGGAGUGAAGGUGAAGGGACCCAUAUGGAGCAAAGCCCUGCGGGGAGACUCUAUAUGGGAGGACAAGGAUGAGUUUCUUGAUGUGAUCUACUGGUUCAGACAGAUUUUGGCCAUCAUUUUGGGGGUGAUUUGGGGUGUUGUCCCUUUGAAGGGUUUUAUUGGAAUAAUUAUUUUUUGCCUGAUCAAUGCCGGCGCACUCUACUUGUAUUUUAGCAGCUUCCAGCAAAUAGAUGAGGAAGAGUAUGGAGGAACAUGGGAGCUAACAAAGGAAGGAUUUAUGACGUCAUUUGCACUCUUUAUGGUGGUCUGGAUCAUUUUCUACACAGCAAUUCACUUUGAUUGAUGAUGAUUUUAUUUCCCCCUUUGCCAAAAACUUCUCAUUUUUUUCUUUUGUUUUACGGACCCAUUUUUUUUUUUUUAACAGAAUGAAACUAAAAUGUAGCCUAAGGGUAAAAUGGAGGAGUGGGACUGUUUUUUUUUUUUUUUUAUCUGCAUUGAGCACAGAACUGAACUUUUAUGGGAACUAUGGCUGGUAACUAAUCCACUGAUUGGACCCCAGUUACCUUACACCCUAACAUGAGACCUUGAUCACCAGUCUCUCGUCUUCCUCGUAAUUGUCGUACUUGUCUGGGAGCAAUCGGCAAACCCUAUAUCCUACAAAUAAUUCUGCUGCUACAUCCAUACUGGACCAACAAUAUAACUUCACUACACCUCAGCCUUGGCAUGGCAGCUAUAUUGGAAAUGGGCAGCAGAAAAUCCCCAAAGGGCUCUGCUAAUUCUUCUAAUUGCUUGAAAUGAUCUUCUGUGCUUUAUGGUGAGAGGAUGGCUGCAUUUUCUGUUCCAACCUACCACACACUCUAACCCGUUUGCUGUAGAAUUAUCUACAGCCAUUAACUAUGAGUGAUGCAGCUGCCCUCCCAGCAUGGAAGGAGUGAAUUUGGACCUGACUUGUUUCUCACUUCAAGCUACACAGUAUUUAAACAAAAGUCGUAUUUAAGCUGAUGUGACUGUGUUUUACAAUUAAAGUUCCGAUUUAUUGA